AUGGUCGUCAAAUCCUGGGUCUCCUACAAGGUUGAUGAAGACACGUGGAAGAAAAGGCUCGUUUACCGCGCCGCCCCUAUCAUCGACUUCCUCCGUCUGCUCGGCAUCGACGUCUCUGCCGGCACGGACGACGACGUGCUCCGCUUCCUCCUCCACGCCCCCCAGACCCGGGACAGCACCGUCGUGAUCCGCAAGGACGGCAACGCCAAGAUCAGCUUCGACGCGGUGCGGCGCUGCCUCGUCCACGAGACCCACCGCUUCUUCAACUUCGAGGAGGACGGCAAGGAGCUCAAGCGGGAGAUCAUCGUCCGGCUCGACCUCCGCAUCCUGUCGGACCCUUCCAAGGAGCUCCCGGUCGACCCAUCGGUGUCCAUGGACUGGCAGCCCUACCACGCGUCCUACCCCGUCCCCAAGUGCUGCCGCGUCCACAUCGACCUCGGACCCAAGCUCAACCCGGAGGGCUACGCCGUGGACCUCGACAUGCAGGCCGUCCCCAACUACCUCUGCAUGCAGCUCAACCUCUCCUCCUCCCGCGCCCCCUCCGUCCCCGGGAUGGGGAACGCCGCCCAGGAGGCCAAGACCUGCCGCAAGAGGGCCGCGCCCAGCGUGGAGGACGCCGACUCGUUCUGA